CUGAAGCAUUAGGUUGAUGUGUAGCAUAUAAAGGAAUUUGGGUCAACAGCAGUCAUUUUAAGCUCAGAAAUGAGCGUCACUCUGGAUAUUAAACUAAAAAGAGCCAAUAAAGUCUAUCAUGAGGGGGAAACGGUGGCUGGCGUCAUCCUGCUGUCUUGCAAAGAGGCGAUCCAGCACCACGGCAUCUCUCUCAGCAUGGAGGGCAUCGUCAACCUGCAGCUCAGCUCCAAGAGUGUCGGCGUCUUCGAAGCCUUCUACAACUCCGUCAAGCCCAUCCAGCUAAUUAGCAGCAACGUCGAGGUGGCCAAGGCAGGGAAAAUCCCAGGAGGGAAGACGGAGAUCCCCUUCGAGUUUCCCCUAAACACAAAAGGCAACAAAGUGCUGUAUGAGACCUACCAUGGCGUCUUUGUUAACAUCCAGUACACCCUCCGCUGUGACCUGAAGCGCCCCCUGCUGGCCAAAGACCUGAGUAGGAACUGUGAGUUCAUCGUUCACUGUCAGCCGCAGAAGGCCAAAGUUGUCCCAACCCCGGUGAAGUUCACCAUAACCCCCGAUACUUUGCAGAACAUCCGCGAGAGGAGUCUGCUGCCAAAGUUUCUGAUCAGAGGACAUUUAGACGCCACCAGCUGUGUGAUCAGCCAGCCCCUGACUGGAGAGGUGGUGGUGGAGAAGUCAGAGGUCCCCGUCAAGAGCAUUGAACUGCAGCUAGUUCGAGUGGAAACCUGCGGCUGUGCUGAGGGAUACGCCCGAGACGCCACCGAGAUCCAAAACAUCCAGAUAGCAGAAGGAGACGUCUGCCACGGCCUCCCAAUCCCCAUCUACAUGGUCUUCCCCAGACUGUUCACCUGUCCCACCCUGGAGACCACCAACUUCAAAGUUGAAUUUGAAAUCAACAUAGUCAUUGUCCUUCAUGAUGAUCACCUUAUCACAGAGAACUUCCCUCUGAAGCUCUGCAGAGUCUGAACCACUCUGCAGCUUCCGGUGACGACGUUUGGAUCCUCAGAGGAUCAAAUCAGCUCCUGGGAGGAAUGAAGUCAAUCCUCCAAAAACUGGAAGGCAUCGGUGGAAUGAUAGAAUGUAUUUAACGAUCAGUUCUAAUCUGACUGAAUGCCUGUAUGUAAAAUUAUUAAGAUAAAGUAAUGUAAACCAGAAACGGAGCCAGAGCUGUACACUGUAUAAAGUGAUUCCCAAUAUUAACAUGGAUAUAUUUCUACACGAAAUGAAUCUCAUGUCAUUACAUGUUUUUCCUUAAUUUUGUGCAGCAGUUCUAUUAAGAAUCUGAUCCUGCAGGUUUAUGGAUCAUCUUGAAUGAUGCUGGUUCUGAUUCUAAAAGCAGAAUCAGCCUCUUGGAUUCAAAGGAGUUUGGAAGGUUACCAUUUGUGGGAAUUUUUUUGUAACUUUCAAUUAAAUUAAAUCCAAACUAG